ACCCAAAAAAAGUGGCCCCGUUAUCUGAACCAUGAUUUGCAGAACACUUUAUCUCCGUCGAACCAUUUUUGGCCAGCGUUAUCUGCAUCAACGAAGAGGGUCAAUCUACCAGUAUCAAAAUGACACCGCUCUCGAUAGGACUGGCCCUCUUCUGCCUGGGUGCGUUCGCGUUCCUGCAGUACAUCUUCGGCUACUGGAAUCGGCGUGGUGUACCCCAGCUGACUCCCUACUUCCCGUUCGGGAACUUUUCGGACCUCUUUCUCGCCAAGGCAUCAUUUCCGAAGGUGUGCGAAACUCUGUACGAACGCACCAAGCAAUGGCGUCUACUUGGAGGAUACAUUCUACUGAGGCCCGUUCUGAUGGUUAACGAUCCACAGCUGGCCAAGGACAUCAUGGUACGAGACUUCCAGCAUUUCCACGACCGUGGUACUCACGUGGACGAAGAUAACGACCCCCUGAGUGGACAUCUGUUUUCGCUGGCCGGAGAAAAGUGGAAGCACCUUCGUGCGAAAUUGACUCCGACGUUCACCAGUGGACGUCUGAAGGGCAUGUUCCAGACCUUGGUCGAUACGGGUGAAGUCCUGCAGGACUACAUGCUGAAGUGUGCCAAAAAUGAAGAAGUUGUGGAGAUCCGUGAUGUUCUGGCUCGAUACAAUACGGACAACAUUGCGUCGGUGGCGUUCGGUAUUAAGAUCGAUUCGAUUAACAAUCCCAACGAACCGUUCCGCCAGAUUGGACGAAAGUUUUUUGAAUCAAACUUCCGAAACAAUAUGCGCCUAAUGAUGACGUUCAUGGUACCGAAGCUGAGCAAGUACUUGAAGAUUAAAUCCGUGGACGCCGAAGUGGAGCAGUUUAUCUUAGGUAUGGCUCGAGAGACGCUGGAAUACCGCGAGAAGAACGGAGUUGUGCGGAAGGACAUGAUGCAGCUCUUAAUACAGUUGCGCAACACUGGAACCGUAUCGGUUGACGAACGCUGGGAUGUGGAAACAACCACCAAGUAUAAGAAACUGUCGAUUGGAGAGGUUGCCGCGCAAGCGCACGUGUUCUUUUUGGCCGGUUUCGAGACUUCAUCAUCGACAAUGUCCUUCUGUCUGUACGAACUGGCCAAGAAUCCGGAAAUCCAACGCAAGGUUCAGGCAGAAAUCGACUCCGUAACCGCAUUGCACGACGGCAAACUGACCUACGACAGCAUCAACGAUAUGCGCUACCUGGAGUGCUGUAUCGAUGAAACCCUCCGCAAGUACCCUCCGGUCCCAGUUCUGAACCGCGAGUGCACCCAAGAGUACAAGGUCCCCGAUUCCGACAUCACUAUCGAAAAGGGAACGGCCGUCAUACUGCAGAUCUCGGCGAUGCAUCACGACCCGCAGUACUACCCGGAUCCGAUGCGGUUCGAUCCGGACCGGUUCCUCGAUCCGGAAAUGAAGAGCAAACCGUACGCUCCGUUCGGCGAUGGGCCGAGAAUUUGCAUUGGACUGCGGAUGGGUAAGAUACAGACCAAGGUCGGGCUGUCGUUGAUGCUGAUGAAGUUCAACUUUGAACUGUCUGGCCACGAGGAGCCCGAACUGGUGAUGAGUCCGAACAGUUUCUUGCAAACGCCCGUGGACGGUAUCAAUUUGAAGGUUAGUUGUCGGAAGUCGGAGUUUUAGGUAGGAAAUAUAUAUGUACAGGAAAUAAAAUAAAUGUAUGU